GGGUGCAUCGUUGUGCCUCUUCCCUUAAUGACACAAUAUCGGCCAAUCCUUGCCUCAGUCUAUCGACGUUCCAUUCAUUUUUCUCACUUUUUUCCAUCUUUAGAAGUUCUAAAACAAUAUUUCUCGGCAAUUUAUUUUUUAUUGCCAUUAUUACAAUUGCCUCAUCUUCCAAGUACCCCAUAGCUGUCAACGAUCUACAAAUCCGCUCAACCUCCUCUAGGUAUGAGCGCAAAGAUCCAAUUGAUUCAUUAGCUACUGGUAGGCUAAUCAAUUCAGCGUGUAAUGUAUCUCUAAUCGCCUUUUCGUUCCCAAAUUGUCUUAUAAGGGCAUCUUUCAAAGGCACAUAAUGCUCUGAUAUUGGCCUGUAGCCCAAAAUUGCCCGUUUGGCUUUUCCUCUAAGACACUGAAUCAAGUAGUGGGCCUUGAGCCCGUUAUCAAUAUUCAAACAAUCCACUGUUCUCUCAAAGGCUUGCCAAAACUCCGGCCAUCUGAGAGUAUCUCCAUAAAAUUCCGGAAGUCUAGUCCGCGGAAGAUGAGCAGGAAGCAUUUGUUCAUUUCUAAUUGGGAGUUCCUCUACAUUUAUAUUUCGGCGCGCUUGAUUUGUCCUAUUCGGGCCGACACC